AGAUGGCCGCCCUAGCAACCGCACGGUGCUCUGAUAAACAUUGCUCGGGAGAUGCCAGAGACUCCAGCAAUGUCCAGCAGCCCUGCACAUCAUCCCCGGGCAGCAGUGACAAUGUGGAUGACAGGCUGGCCAGACAGAAAGCUGCACAGUUUCUCAGAGAAGCCGAGAAAAACAGGAGGCAGAUUGAAAAGUUGGAGAAAGAGAGGACGUUGAGUGUUCAGUGCAGAAAGAACGGCUGGACAGAUGUCUCUGGAGAGGUUGAAGAGUAUGAGAAAGUGCUGGAGGAAGACAGAAAAGCAGACAAUAUGAAUCUUCAAAAGCAGCUGGUAAAGAUUCAUAAUGGGGUGAGGAAGUUUCAGAGGCAGCUAGUAGAUGUGAAGCCAACUCCUGAGUUGAUUGAAAGACUGAAGGAAAUAAUGUCAGAGGUGGAAAUCUCUAUCAACGCCUUAAAAGAGGAGCAGCGCUCAUGCUUUGAGGAACUUCUGAAGGAGGAGAGGACAUGCAGACAGGAGAUCACUGCUUAUGAGAAGAAGAUUGAAAACUGGAGCCUUGUUCUCAAAUCAGACCCCAAACUACCCAAAGCUCCCACUGUUCAGACCAAACCCUCAGACAGUGACCUCCCUGCAGAGGUCAGAGAACUGGAGGCUUUCCUGCAGAAGACAGGAGGCCCGUAUGGUGGCUGGGACCAGUAUGACCACCAAGCGUUCCUUAAAGUCUGGACAAAAUACAGUGGGCAACCAGCCUACAGGAAAGAGGCGAAACUUUAUCUGCCUGGUAAAACACUAGAGGAGAUAGAGCAACAUGAGGACUGGCAUCAUGAGCUCAUCUACCUACAGGACAGAAAGAGAGAGGCUAUUCAGCGGUGGAAAGCCAGGAAGCAUCAGGAACGCCAGAUCAGGAUACAGGAGGAGGCAGAGGAGGCAGAAAGGAAGGAGAAGGAAGCCAAGAACCAGGCUCACCAACACAGGACUGAAGAGGAGAGGAGGGAGGUGGCACGUCGACUGGAAGAGUGGAGGGAAGAGAAGAGAAGGAAGGAGGAACAGGAAGAGAAGCAGAGACUGGCUGAGGAGAUACAAAGGAGGAGACGGGCCAAGGAAGAGCGUCGCCGCCAGCUGGAAGUGAAGCUGACUGUUGAGGAGCAGCUACGACUGAGGAGAGAGGAGGAGGAGGAACAGGCGAGGAGGAAGAGAGAGGAGGAACAGAGGGAGAUGGAUGAGAGGAGAAAAGAGGCAGCAAAGGGCAUCAAACGCUUUAAUGAAAGGGAUCUUCACAAGGUGGAGGCAAAGCUGCAGGAGAAACAGCUUAGGGAAAAAGAGGAGGAGGAAAGACAGAGGAGAAUCACUGCUCAGUUGAAGGAGAAGGUGGAUGGUCACAUCAGCAGAGACCCCUCCAGGCUUACUCGUCCCACUAAGGGAUGGGAGGAGCGGAUGAAACACAUUGGACCUUCAGGAGGAGGGCCUGUGCUACAGAUGUUUCACAGAGCUGUUCCCACUUGGAGACAAGGCCUGUGAUGAGCAACAGUGGAAGCCAAGUCAGCAGUCCUGAAAUGUAUCCAGGACAUCAGAAAUGAGACUGAACCUCAUGACCAGACUGUGCGUUUAUUUCAGUCUACUGUGUGCUGCUGUUUGAAGUUAUGUACAUUGAACAUCUGUUAAUUUACAAAACUGUUAUUUUAAAUAAAGCGUUGUUUUGUGUAA